AUGAGCAUACCACAGAACAUUGCAUUUCACGUUGCUGUCGAAACACAGCCUCAAACGCAGUUUGAUGAGGCACUCCUAAUACAAACUACAUUUGAAACAAAGAAGGAAGAAAAAUACAACAAUUUGUCUUUCAAUUGGCGAGGUUGCCAUAUCACAAUUUGUCUAUGCCUUUGCAGAGCAGCAUCAUCUCCAACUGGAUGGAGUCCUGGAGCAGCAGGGGGAAGUGGCAGAGGACCUGCAGCAACUGGUGGUGGACCUCUAGCCAGAAGUGGAGGACCACCAGCAACUGUUAGUGGACCUCCAGCCAUCGGUGGAGGACCUCCAGCCAGGAGUGGAAGACAUCCAGCCACUGGUGGAGGACCACCAGCAACUAAUGGAGGACUUCCAGCUACUGGAGGUGGCAGAGGAAUUGGUGGUGGAGGUGGAGGACGGGGAGGACCAGCAUCAUCUUGUGGUGGUGGUGGCGGGCCUCCAGAUGGUGGUUAA